AUGAAUCCUUCCAAAGGAAACGAGCUUUUAAGCGUCGCGGAAGAAAUCGUUUCGCACGUCAAAAAUCUCGCUGAAUACCUGUCAACUCAAUCAAUUAGCCCCCCCAGUCUCGACGUCGGUGCGCGCACCAAACUCUGGACUAUACACACAGGGGCAGUUGAAGAGCAUCGAGCAGCCAUCAGUGGUCUCACACAACGGCUGGACAAGCUACUGCAAGGGCCCCAUGGUUUUCUGCAUGAGUACGUUUCGACGAACUGGGAACAUGGCGCCUUGUACACCCUGAUUGAAUAUGGAGUGUUGGAGGCCAUGCCUCUUCACAGGGUUGCUACCAUUGGCCAACUCGCGGAAAAUACCGCUUUGCCUAUUGAGAAGUUAUUGCGCAUUUGUCGACUUGCUGCCUGUGCCGGCAUUCUGAAGGAGGCCGACGAUGGUGUGUUUGCACAUACAGUUAUCUCAGAGGAACUAGUGCGAAACGCGGGAUUUAAGUCAUUUAUUGCCUUCCAACUCUAUGAAACGAGAGUUGCCAGUGCUCACUUGGCUGAUUCUUUGCGCCGUCCAAACCCAUUUUGGACAGGACAGUCCGCCUUUGAAUACGCAUGGGGGAAGUCAAUGUACGAGUGGCAUGCUGGUCACCCUGAAAAGGGUGACCGCUUUGCUAAAGCCAUGGAGAGCGUCUCGAAGAAAGCUCUUGAUCCAGGCAAUGAUAUGAUAAUGAACUGGUUCUCUAGUCAUCCCAAGCUUUGCGAAGACGAAAAGUGUUUAAUUGUGGAUGUCGCUGGAAAGACAGGCUCCUUUGCUAUGGAUCUCGCCAACACUUUUCCCAAGCUUCACAUUGAAGUACAGGACUCGUCUGCUGCUGUUUUGAACAAAGGCAAGGAAAUCCUCGCGGCAGAGCUCUCUGGGAGAGUGAAAUUUCAGCAACGGGAGUUAUUCUUGACACGCUCUCUUUUGGAGCACACCGAAAGCGACAGUGAUGGCAGCGUACCUCUCGUCUUCCUCAUGCGCAGUGCGAUGUGGUGUCACGACGACGACAAUUGCAUCAAACUACUAAGGAGCUUUCUUCCUGUGCUCCAAGCUCCCACUCGUCCAACACUUCUCAUCAGCGACCUAGUGUCGCCGGCUUUGGGGACUUUUGAGCCGCAUGUGGAGAGGGCAUUCCGAAGACGAGACGUGACGCUGAUGACAAUGCACAAUGCCAAGCAGCGAACAUCAAAUGAAUGGGUGGCACUAUUAAAGGAAGCAAGUCCACGUUUCAAGGUUGAGUACUUCGAGCAGUACAGUUCACACAGCUGCCGUGGACUGUGGCAGGUUCAACUUGAUAGUGAGUAA